GCGGGGGAGGCGGGCUGCAGCCCCGCGGCGGCCGCGCCGGAGGAGCCCGGCGGCCUCGUGGUGCCCGAAGGAGGCCCUCCAGCCAGAGUCAUAGUUCACGUGGACCUGGAUUGCUUUUAUGCACAAGUAGAAAUGAUCUCCAACCCCGAACUGAAGGGCAAACCUUUAGGCGUUCAGCAGAAAUAUUUGGUAGUUACCUGCAACUAUGAAGCUAGGAAACUUGGAGUUAAGAAACUAAUGAAUGUCAGAGAUGCAAAAGAAAAAUGUCCACAGCUGGUGUUAGUUAAUGGAGAAGACUUGACUCGUUACAGAGAGAUGUCAUAUAAGGUUACAGAGUUGUUGGAAGAAUUUAGUCCAGUUGUUGAGAGACUUGGAUUUGAUGAAAAUUUUGUGGAUCUAACAGAAAUGGUUGAGAAGAGACUACAGCAACUUCAAAGUGAUGAACUUUCAGCACUGACGGUGUCAGGUCAUGUUUAUAAUAAUCAGUAUAUAAACCUGCAUGACAUCUUGCACAUCAGAUUACUUGUUGGAUCUCAGAUUGCAGCAGAGAUGCGGGAAGCCAUGUAUAAUCAACUGGGUCUCACUGGCUGUGCUGGAGUGGCUUCUAAUAAAUUAUUGGCAAAAUUAGUUUCUGGUGUUUUUAAACCAAAUCAACAAACAGUCUUACUACCUGAAAGUUCUCAAGUUCUCAUUCAGAGCUUGAACCAUGUAAAGGAAAUGCCUGGUAUUGGCUAUAAAACUGCCAAACGUCUUGAAGCUCUGGGUAUCAGUAGUGUGUAUGAUCUUCAAACCUUUUCAUCCAAAAUAUUAGAAAAAGAAUUAGGAAUUUCAGUUGCUCAGCGUAUCCAGAAGCUCAGUUUUGGAGAGGAUAACUCUCCUGUGACACCUUCAGGACCACCUCAGUCCUUUAGUGAAGAAGAUUCAUUUAAAAAGUGUUCAUCAGAAGUCGAAGUUAAAAAUAAGAUUGAAGAACUACUUGCCAGUCUCUUGAACAGAGUAUGCCAAGAUGGAAGGAAGCCACAUACAAUCAGAUUAAUAAUCCGUCGAUAUUCAUCUGAGAAUCACUGUAGCCGUGAGAGUCGUCAGUGCCCUAUUCCAUCACAUAUAAUUCAGAAGUUGGGGACAGGAAAUUGCGAUGUGAUAACCCCCAUGGUUGAUAUACUUAUGAAACUUUUCCGAAAUAUGGUAAAUGUGAAGAUGCCGUUUCAUCUUACUCUUUUAAGUGUGUGCCUCUGUAACCUUAAAGCACUAAAUACUUCUAAGAAAGGGACUAUUGAUUAUUAUUUGACACCAUCAUUAUCAACAACUUCACGGUCUGGCAAGCGCAGUUUUAAAAUGAAAGACAGUCAUAUGGAAGAUUUUCCCAAAGACAAAGAAACAAAUUGGGAUUUUCUACCAUCUGGAAGAAUUGAAAGUACAAGAACUGGGGAGGCUCCACGAGAUACUGCAGAUUUUUCUAAAGAAAAAGACAGUGAUGAAUUCCCACUCCGCUCACUUCCUGAAGGUAUUGACCAAGAAGUCUUUAAGGAGCUUCCAGUAGAUAUUCAAGAAGAAAUCCUUUCUGGAAAAUCUGGAGAAAAAGUUCAAGGCAAAGGAAGUUUGAAUUGUCCGUUACAUGCCUCUAGAGGAGUAUUAUCUUUCUUUUCUACAAAACAAAUGCAAGAUAGUCCCUUAAAUCCUAAAGAUCAUUUAUCCAAUAGUAAACAGAUAUCGUCUGUAUCUUCCUGUGAACCAGGAACAUCAGGUUUAAAUAGCAGUAGUUCCUCUCCUCCAUCUAGCCAAAAGAAUUAUUCACAUUAUAUAGACAGUAGAUUACAAGAUGAACGAAUGAGUCAAGGACCUAAAGAAUCUCAAGGAUUUCAUUUCUCAAAUACAAACCCUGCUGUAUCUAUUUUCCAUUCAUUUCCAAAUUUGCAGAGUGAGCAACUUUUCUCCAAGAACUGCUCUACAGAUAGCCAUAAGGAACCAGUAGUGACAGUCUCUCAUCAUGAAGGACUUAAAGAAAAUAGAGAGCAAGAUUCUAGUGAUGAGAAAAUUACCUUUCCUUCUGAUGUUGAUCCUGAAGUUUUCUAUGAACUACCAGAAGAGGUACAAAAAGAGCUGUUGGCAGACUGGAAGAGAGCAGGAUCAGAUUUCCACAAUGUACAUAAAUAAGCACGUUCAGAAAAAAGGUCUAAAAAGCAAAGGAAAGGCCAUUGUUCUCAGAUUUAGCAGUUUAUUAAGCUCCUCUAAAUUAAACACUAAUAGAUAUUCAAUAAUGUAGAAAUUCCAAUAUAAAAUGUUCCAGAUAAAAGCAAGUCUAGUUAUGGGAAGUAAAUUCUGACAAAGCAUAACAAUAUUCAUAACAGAAGAAAUAAUGUAAAAUUAUCUUAUUUCUAAAGCUGUUUUAUAUUGCUUUUCAAUAAAAAGAAUAUCAUGGUUAA